CGAGCCCUGCAGGGGUGGUGUGCGCCCCCGCCUCUCCCCUGGCAGUCGGUCGGAGAGGCGCUGCAGUCGGGACGGCGAGAUGAAGCUCAGCGUGGCGCUCUUCUUCGCCGGGUUCUUCGCGGCGCUCGGCGCCGUCUUCUUCCUCCUCUCCUUCGGGACCGACUACUGGCUGCUGGCCUCCGAAACCUGCGGCCCGGACCCCAGCGGGACCACCGGGCCCGGCGGCGUCAUCCUGGAGCGUGGGGAUGUCGUGGUGACAGACAGUGGCCAGGACCCGACCACCUUCUACCACGAGGGCUUCUUCUGGCGCUGCUCCUUUGGGGGAAAGCUGGAGGACGACACCAUGUGGAAGUUCUGGUUCACCAAUCAGCCCACCUCCAAGGUGUGCAUGCACGCCUACCUGUUUCCCUUCCCCGUGUCCGAGCAGACCCACAACGCCACCACCUACGACUCGGCCAUAAUCUACAGGGGGUUCUGGAGCAUCUUCAUGCUGGUGGGUUUGGUUGCCGUGGUGCUGGGCGGCUUCAUCAUCAUCUGCGCCGCGCCCUUCGCCAGUCACCGCCUCUAUAAGGCCGGGGGGAGCCUCUUCGUCGCUGCUGGUCUGUUCCUGCUGGCGGUGGUGGUGAUGUUUGUGAUCUGGGUUCAGGUUCUGGACGUGGUGAACGAGUACGUGACCCACCGAGCCAGCGGCUGCGUGGACUUCCAGCUCAACAUCCGCUACGGCCUGUCCUUCAUGUUCGCGCCCGUGGGCGUGUUCUUCAGCCUGCUGGCGGGGCUGCUCUUCCUCCUGAUUGGCCGAUCGCUGCAGCUGCAGUACAGCUAAGCCCCCGUGCGGCGAAUGGCGAUUGGUUGGAAGGCUGGCCGUUGGGCGGUUUCUUCCGGGAUGCCUUAAAAAGUCACUCAUGUUUGAACUGGAGGAACUGGGGGGGGGCAGGUUUGGGAUCACUCGGGGGGGCACCUGUUCAUGAGGGCACUUUUUCGAACUACGACUCCAACCAAGGCCACGGGUGUGUUUGAGAGUCCGGGUGUGGUCGAGGGCCCCAUUUUGGUUGCCGUGAGAAUCGCUGCCCCUGGCAACCAAAAGCGGUUUCUGUGCUGUAAACAGUAUUUUCCACAUGCAUCCAUUUCAUAUAUUCAUUACAUCUGUUUGAGAUUUUUUUUUUUUUUUUUUACAAGAGUUUGAUUAACCACAGAAGACUUAAUCCGUAUCUCAGUUUAUCCUUCUCAACAUUCAUACGCACGUGUGUCUAUUUUAAUAUUUUACAAAAUCCUGUUUGAUGUUGAUUUGUUCCUGGUUCCUUUAUCACAGUAGUACUGUUUCUCUUACCACACUGAAAGAGCUAGUUUGUGUUAGUAAUUGUGAAUUUCUGCCAUCGAUGAAUAACUGCCGGUAUCUGUGAUUGGCCUUGGGCCCUCGGCCUUGUGUCUAUGGCUUUCUGUGACCAGAUAUCGUCUGAGGGACGCCGUCGCCAUGAACUCAAAGUUAACGUGUGGAAAAGCACAAUUCCAAAGGCACGUAUGUUUAAUAUACUGCAUAUAUACCCUGUCACUUUUCAUUUCCACAUUUGAAGCAUACGGUGUGGUUGUGCUGAAGAUAUACUGUGAAAUGAAAUGCAUUUUCAAUAUAUUCUUUGGUAGUUGCAUAAAAUUACAUGUUUGUAAAAAUAUAUCUUAUAUAAGUUGGAAUAUAUUUUUAAUUUCAGAAUUUACAGUACACUGAAAUAUAUGAAAAGAAAUUCAUAAGACUUGGGCAUUUUAUUUAAUUCGUUUUAACAAACAGCUGACGGGCUAUGACUACCAUCAAGUGUUAAAAAUUCAGGAAGAUCACGUGCUUUGUUAAUAUUGUGGUUUGGUGUAUAUUGCAAUUAAAUAACAUUAAUAUUUGGUGUUGGAGAUUGUGAUCCUUAGAAUGUUCACAAUUAGGAACAUUCUAAAUGCCUUUUACAGACUACCACAUAGUUUGUAUUAAUGCUUAUAUAGGUGUAAUAUGGCAGUAAUAAGCAAUAUAUUACAGAAUAUAAAAAAGUGUAUGUCGAAUAAAUAUGAACACGGGAAAACUAAACUUCUAUUAAUGGUCAGACACCAACAUCUUUUGCUGUACUAUACAUUAUCCCAGAGGAACAGAUUUUGUACACUUGUAUACAUUUUGUAAAAUGGCAUUAAAAUUAUAAUUUGGGA